CCGUGGCUGCGUGGACGGCUUGGUGCUGAUGCUGCGUGUCGCCGAGUUCUAAGCAUCAUCUGGACUGAGUGAACACGAAAACACGCGUGGUAAAAGUGAGUGGAGACGGGCGGAAAAGCAGGAAGGAGCCCGCAGCUGCCGCUCGACAAACGACUGGCAGCAAUGGGAGUUUUCAGCCGCCGCCAGUUCUUCCAGGAGCUCGCUCACGGCUGCCUGCUGCCGACAGCCCAACAGGGACUGGAGCAGGUGUGGCAGCUGCUGCUCAUCUGCCUUCUGUGUCGCCUUCUCUGGAUGUUAGGCUUACCCUCCAUUUUGAAGCAUUUGGCCACAGUGGCGGGAGGAUUCUACGUCCUCUACUUGUUCUUUGAACUGCACAUGAUCUGGGUGGUCCUCCUUAGCCUCCUCUGCUACCUCUUCCUUUUUCUGUGUCGCCACUCGACCAUGCGAGGCACCUUUCUCUCUAUCACCGUGUUUAUCUAUCUGCUGCUGGGAGAACUGCACAUGAUGGACACCACCAACUGGCACAAGAUGAGAGGUUCACAGAUGGUGGUGGCCAUGAAAGCCAUCUCUCUGGCCUUCGAUCUGGAUAGAGGUGUCGUGACCGGCGUACCCUCUCCCAUCGAAUUCAUGGGUUACAUUUACUAUGUGGGAACAGUCAUCUUUGGUCCGUGGAUCAGCUUCAGUAGCUACAAAGAGGCUUUAGAAGGACGUAAGAUGAGCUUUUCGUGGUUAUUCAAAGUAUCUUUUAGCUCGGUUAAAAGUCAGAUUUGCCUCGUCCUCUCCAACUGUGUGGCGCCCUACCUCUUCCCCUAUUUCAUUCCCAUCUACGGAGACAAGCUGCUAAGGAGCAAAAAGAGGAGAAAAAUCAGAGGUUCACUGGCAAAGUGGUUGUUGGCUUAUGAGAACACACUGUCUUUCCAUUUAAGCAACUAUUUUGUUGCGUAUUUGAGUGAGACCACAGCCACUCUGGCUGGGGCAGGCUUCACAGAGGAGAAGGAAAACCUCAAAUGGGAUCUGACGGUGUCAAAGCCAUUGAGCAUCGCGUUCCCUCGCUCGAUGGUGGAGGUGGUCACAUCGUGGAAUCUGCCCAUGUCGUGCUUUCUACAUACCUAUGUAUUUCAGAGUGCUCUCAAAUUUGGGGCUUUCUCUGCCAUCAUGGUGACAUAUGCAGCCAGCGCCCUUCUGCACGGUUUGAGUUUCCAUCUGGGUGCCGUGCUCGUAUCUCUUGGCUUCAUCACCUACGUUGAGCACAUGCUGCGGAAGAGACUGGCGGCCAUUUUAAACGCCUGUAUUCUGUCCAAGAAAUGUCAGGAGAACUGCACUCACCAGAACAAAAAGGCACUAUGGGUGUACAUGAUCAACAUAGCAUUCAGUGCUCUGGCAAUACUACAUCUGACGUACCUGGGUUCUGUGUUCAAUUCCAGUGUGGACUACAUGGAGGAGGAUGAGGAUGACAUCAGCCAUCACACCGUUCAGAAGUGGUCAGAGCUGAGUUGGACGAGCCACUGGAUCACGUUUGGAUGCUGGAUAUUCUACCGCCUCGUUCUUUAGAAUAGAGAAAGGAGCCAAAGAAGCAAUAAUGAGGGUUCUCUUCCCUGUGACUAUAAGAGAAGCAGUCGAUAGCCAGGUUGGUGCCACUUGGCCUCUGCUUCAUCUGUCAUCUUGACCUGCUGGGGACUCCUUUUGAUAUCCUCACCACUCUCCUUCCUCCUUUUCUAUGGACGGCAUCCUUUUUUCCCCCCGAGCUCUCGUGUUGUGACAGCAGUUACUGAUGUCUCCCUGCGGGUCACAAUCGAUACCGAUCAGCGUGACGGAGAUCCUGGCUUUUCCUUUCUCGGGAUUGAGCUGUUAUCUCUGCGCCAGAUGUGCUUUCCAUUCAUCUCAAGUGUUUCGUUAUCAUAUUUUCCUUGAUAUGAUUAUGAUAAUAAUGAUGAUGAUGACGAUAAUGAUGAUGAUUGACGGAUAUUGCACAAUGUGCUUAUGCUCAGUGGUUCCCAAGAACAGUGACCAUAUUUGGAAACUUUUUUUUUUUUUUUUGCAAUGUCAUUAUAUCACCAAGCAUCGCUUUCAAGUGUGUUUAGACGGUGAGUUUAGAUCUUAAUGAAAAGAGCACAGAUAAUGUCCAAGUAUUUAUUUUAUCUGUAAAUUAUUUUAUGUUUUGCGCAUUAGUUGAAAAUUGUUGCCCUAGAUUAGGGGUGCCAAAAUACUUUUUGUUGCGGGCCACGUUGUAGUUACGAUUUCCCUCAGAGGGCCGUUAUGACUGUGAAACCAUAUAAAUGAUUAAUCGCCUCAUAUUGUUGCAUAUACACAACAAAUAGAUGAAUAGCCAAUUCUGAAAUCAGAAGUCAAGGAUACUACGGUGUUCAGUUACUGUAAAAACAAAAAAAGGGGGAUUGGUAACAAAAAAUGCUUGCAGUAUCUUAACAUUAUUUAUUACAUAUGACAAUUUAAAAUGUUGGUGCAGAUUUUAGCAGGAAUCACAGGAGUUGAGGCACAUGAUUUGCUUUCGCGGGCCACAUGCAAUGAUGUGGCGGGCCGGAUCUGGCCCCCGGGCCUUGAGUUUGACACCAGUGCCCUUGAUGAUGUCCUCAAAUUAAUUUUUGAGCCCGAAAAGCCACACGUGUAUAGGGGAGUUUGCAAUUUCAAGAAAAGAAUCACUUUUUGUCAUAUUGGUUAAAACGGUCAUUUUGAAUUGCGCCCUAGCAUUGUUAUCCCAGAAAAGCACCUUAUUGGUCAUUUCCAGUCUUCCCCCCAAAAAACAAAAAAUUUUGUCAUGUGGUUUUUAACAAUAAAACAAUGUUUCACUAUCAUAUAGUAUUUUAUUUAAUAUAUAUAUAUAUAAAUCAAUAACAUAAUUAAAGAAUAUAAAGAAUUAAUCUUUAUUUGUAUUGUGCUGCUCCUUCUGCUGUCUGCGUCUUGGCCACCAGGGGGCAGAGUAAUACAGACAUACAUGGAGACAAAGGUGCUGUCACAACUCCUCAGCAGUAAUAUUAGUCGUUCUUCACAGAGGAUAAAUCAUAUAUGCCUGUGAGUAUUGUUAUAUGAUCAGUCUAUGUGUUGCUCCACUAUUUGCAUUGAAAUAUUUGUUGAUGAAAGGGUUGGAACACCACGGUUAUGGAUGCUAUCCGUCAGCCCGUCAAUGGCGUUUUCCUUUACGUGUUAGCAUUAAGCUAGCGGACUUAAAGGCCAAGCUACUGUAUGCGGUGUGUGUUUUCUUGUGUGUUUUAAAUAUACAACUUGUAAUUCUUUGUAUUAUGUUUAGUUUGACAGUCAACUUCAACUGGGAGUGGCAUUUAACAGCUUGAAGCCUCUUUUUUGAAGAAUUGCUCACGAAUUCUAUCUGCCAAAUUGGUGCUUCUUGUGACUUGAGUUGAAUCACUGCCACUGUACACCGCCCCUAAGUUUAUGGUUGUCAAAGGAAAAAAAUUGGCCUAAUAACGGCACGUACCUCAAAAUACUUCGAGUCACUUGUAUCUCAAGGCACCACUGUACUACUGUCAAUUCAUAAUGACUGUUUUAACAAAUAUGACAAAAAGUGUUUUUGGGGUUUUUUUUUG